AACUUACCCAUACAGAGGUACAGUAUACUAGUAUGAGAUAGCAUUGGAAAGGAAGCAAAGCAACACGUGCUUCAACAUAACUAACCUCACAACGAUAUCAACAAAGGUAAGACAAUACAUGAUGAGCUAUCCCUUGACACCAACCCCCUAUCUCAUGUCUGUUGAGGUGCAAAUGGUUCAACCCUGACACAUAACACCAUCAUCAUCUCAAACAUUAUGGACUAUUUUCUAAUAAGAAAAGGGGCCACUAGAAGUUAAGAUAGCCAAAGUCGAAAAAUAAAUGGCCUUCUUUCCUGAGACACCAGCCAUUUUAAUAGUGCUGAUUUAUUGUGCCAUGUUUUUGGGAGGGCGAUCAUAUGCAUGUGGUCAGUAGUACGCAGUCUGUGACCCAGCCUCCCUCUCACGUUACAGCCUAUUUAUAACGUUCCCUCAGCCAGCUCCUCUCUUACUGCAGUUCCUUGGAACCACCUUUCUCUCCACUCCACAGGUCUCCAGUCUCCUCUCCUGUCAUCUGAGAAUCUCUCCGGCAGCUUAUCUAGGGUUCACUGUUUAUCCUGCGCAGCCUGGCAACUGUCCGCAUGCCCAGGAUUAUUACUGGAGCCCCCUUUCAACACACACACAACUUUUUUUUAUCGAACUCUUAUCAAGGAGACAAAUUUGGGGUAAGCUAAGGAAAGAGCACAAGUAGUGGAUUUUGGAUAUUCUGUCUUUUGUUUGACCCCUUUUUUUAAACUUAGUUGGCUUACUUUUUUGUUACCUUUCAUUUUUUGUCCCCCUCUCCCUCCCGUCCUUAUCUUUCUGUAGGGCUGUGUGUUUGCAUGCAAUGGAUCACACACUCUUUGGCUGCCUCCGCAGCCCCCAUGCCACUGUGCAGGCCCUGCACCCUGCCUUCACCCAGUCUCCGCUGACUCUCCACGGACGCACGGACCACGUCUCCUACCCUGACCUGGCCUCUUCCACUGCCACCUCCUCUCCUUCGGCCUGCAUCAUCUCUGGCUAUCCCGGUGACGAGGGCCUGUUCGGUGGGCAUCACCAUCACCACCGCGGGCAUCACCCGGCACAGCAACAGCAGCAUCACCCGCCUCAGCACCAGGCCGGCUGGCACAUUCCACAGAUGCCCUCUCCUGGCAGUGCGAACUCCCGCCACAACCUCUGCCAUCCCCACCCCCACUCUCACUUGACCCAGGAUAGUGCCCUCGCACCCCCAGACCUAGGCACCCCUGGCAGGAACAGUCUCUGUACCAGCACCCCCAACCUGGGCAGCAGCACCCCCACGGGGGCCAACUGUGUGCCUGCAGACUUUGGAAGACAGACACUGUCACCUGCUGAGGCAGAGAAGAGAAAUGGCAAGAGGAAAAGUGACAGCUCAGAGUCCCAAGACGGGAAUUACAAGUCAGAUGUGAGCAGCAAACCCAGGAAGGAGCGGACGGCGUUCACCAAGGAGCAGAUCCGUGAGCUGGAGGCCGAGUUUGCCCAUCACAACUAUCUGACGAGACUGAGGCGCUACGAGAUAGCAGUCAACCUCGAUCUCACAGAGAGACAAGUAAAGGUGUGGUUUCAGAACAGGAGGAUGAAGUGGAAACGAGUAAAAGGAGGUCAACAGGGGGCUGUAGCAAGGGAAAAAGAACUGGUGAACGUGAAAAAGGGGACAUUGCUGCCAUCCGAAUUCUCCGGCAUAGCGGCUCUUCAUCACUCCACAGACUCCCUGGCCAAUGAGAACAGUCACGACAGCGACCAGAGUUCCGAGCAUGCUCACUUAUGAUGCACAGCAGCAGGCCACGCCUACUCAAAGUGGGCUCAGCCUAACAUCUCAGGAACGUCCUUAAAAGGACAUGGUGUCUGGUCAUCGUUAGCAAAGUUCAACGAUGCUAAAUAAAUGUGUACAAAUGUACAAAGAAAUGACGUGUGUUACUUGAUCUAAGAAGAUGCAUGUUAGGACGUUGCUUAAACCAAACUAAGAUCACCAAUACGUUUCAAGAACUGCGAACCCAACGCAGGAAUAUGAGAUAUUGCAAAAGGUCAAUGCACAUUAAGCAUAUGUUACGAACGUGCCUCCACUCAACGCUCUGCUUUUGGAAGCAGAACAUAUUCUUAGAAUAUUAGGACAGAUUCAGAAUUGGCCGAAUUGUUAUGAACAUUCCAUGUUGUGUGUCUUGCAUUGAAAAAGUGGCAAGUUCAUGCUUUUGAUUUGCACUGUUGAACACUUGCCUCAAUUGGUUUCUACUGUAUGUCAUAGAAAUUGCGAUGUAAUCGAAUUAUUGAUUAAAUCAAGUGUGCAGGAGAAUCAAAUUUCAGCUAAUUUACAAUAUACUCUGAACUUUAUUAUCUGUAUUUUUCUUACCUUCGCUAUAGCAAUCAUUUCUAAUACACACUAUACCACUCACACAGUAAUAAACAUUUCUGAUGUUC